CACAUAUUCUUAGCAUACUGAGGUUGCAAAGCUGUACAUUGAAACUGUGUCCAAUCUACCGAAAUGAGCUGCCACAAAGAACGGAACCGUAAGUAUAAAGAAGAGUUUAUGGUAAUGAACAUGUAUGAGCAAGCAUUGUUGUCUGGUGAAAGCUACUAUAUACAUGCUAGUUAUUGUUAAAAUUUCAGUGAAUCCAUAUUUAGUCUUCAUAGUAUCCUUCAUAGUCUCCUUGUAUUUUUCAAGUAUAAUCCGAAACGUACUUUCUUGAUAAAUGAUCGGCUUUUUAAAAACUCAUCUUCCAAGGAGUAGGAGUUGUCUCUAUCUAUGAUAAAGACAACUCUUUUCUGCAUGCAUGAUGAAAUAUAUUGACGAAGAGACCAUUUUCAUUUCUUAGUUUGUUGCAAUGGCCCAGGCUAUGCUACGCCGUUAGACGCAAUGCAGAAAGGCUCUCGGGAGAAGAUUGUCUACGUGGCAUGUAUUUAUAACAGUACUGGGAUUAAAAAACCCGAUUAUCUUGCUACAGUUGACGUGGACCCGGAAUCACCAGAUUACGGCAAGGUAAUAACUAAGGCAACGCACGAUUUCUAUCAGUGCACUAGCGGAGGUUAGCCGAGGUCGAUUCAGUUUUCUUCCCUCCGAAAUACACCCUUCCAGACAGUAAUCAGCUUUGCCUAUACAGGGUGUAUAACAGGCCUCAGGGGUGUAUAAAAAAAAGUAGCCAAUUUUGAAAUGGCUCUCAAUUUCACACAUCGGCUCAUUUCAUGAAAUUUGUGACUCAAAAUGCGUUGUAAACAUUUAAUGAAAUUUUGCGCGUAAGCUAUUCUUAAUGCUGCCAUGGAAAAUUUAUCUUCACGAAAAAUGUUUGUAUAUUCUACAUUAUAAGUACAUUAUAAGUACCCAAACAAGCCAUAUUUAUCAAUUUGUGAAAUUGAGAGCCGUUUCAAAAUUUGCCUACUUUCUUUUUACACACUGCCCUGUGGAGCCGGAGCCGUAGGAGUCCCCUAAUUCAUACGUGACGGCAAGUCUGCAUUCACAAGCCAAGAAGCCAAGAAUAUAAACCCUCUCAGCCAUGGUUUAAAUAAACACCUAUAUAUAUGGCUACAAAAACAGUUGCUAUAGAAUAUUUUCACGGUAACACAAUAAAUUUUUAUUGAAUUUUAAACCAUUUUAUACUCUUUUUGUAUAUAGUGCCCAUUAUUACAACUAGAGCUUCGACUUUCGUGACUAUAUUGGGUUAAGAGCUCUUUGUAUUCGGUCAUAUCUGGCGGCAUAUUUACAGAAUUAUUCAGUCAAAUUAGAUAAUAUAAAGGAAAUUUAUAUAAUUAGGCCCGAUAUCUCAAUCCUAAAAACGUGACUAAGUACACCUCGCUCGGAUUUAAAUGAUUAUUUAUAGCAGAUAUUGGCUUAAUUUCGCCCAUACACAUAAAUUGUAUGUUGGACAAGAUCGGUUCCGUGUCUUGCAAAAUUACAAAGAAUAGCAGAUCUCGGCACUUCAUAGAACAUAACGUGCUAUAAUCAUGGCUUGCUCGACACAUUUGUAUUCUGCGUUUGCAGAUCAUGAACUUAUUUUGUUUACUUUAGUCGCUGGGACUAUGGAAAUAUGCAACUUGAAAAAAUCCGUAUUGUACCACUAUAAAAGAAGAGCGCGUUUGUUUUUCGAAAAUAUUGAUUCUUGAAAAGUUUCCUGUUUGCGCUAAUAGUUAAAAUGAGUUUUGUUAUUUCUAAUUUGCAAUGAAAUUUAGAUUGGGCUCAAAUAAUGGGCUGACACUGAUCUGCGAUUACAAAGACCUUUAUGCGCCCGCUCUAACUCUAAGAAAAAUAUGCGCACUAGCUUCACAGAACAUUUCCGGCCCUCAUUAAAAACACAGCAGUGCUUUGAUCAAGCAAAGAUUUGCAUGUAGAACUUAAUUAUAAGCCUGCAUGGUUUCCAUAUGUUCCUAUAACUCUAUUUUUACGACCAUGCAUUGACAACCAUACAAAUAAUGAAUGUUUAUGAGUCCAAUGGUAAGAAUAUUUUCAUGAGGUGAAAGAUGGAAUGUUCCAUUCAACGAGGCGACAGCCGAGUUGAAUGGAAGAAGUUCCAUCUUUCACCGAAUGCAAGAAGCUAAGGCAAGGCAAGAAGCCAAGAAUAUAAACCCUCUCAUGGUUUAAAUAAACACCUAUGGCUACAAAAACAGUUGCUUAUAGAAUGUUUUCACUGUAACACAAUAAAUUUUUAUUGAAUUUUAAACCAUUUUAUAUUCUUUUUUGUAUAUAUAGUGCCCAUUAUUACAACUAGAGCUUCGUCUUUCGUGACUAUCACAGUGUUGGGUUAAGAGCUCUUUGUAUUGUCUAUCUGGCGGCAUAUUUACAGAAUUAUUCAGUCAAAUUAGAUAAUAUAAAGGAAAUUUAUAUAAUUAGGCCCGAUAUCUCAAUCCUAAAACCGUGACUAAGUACACCUCGCUAGAUUUAAGUGAUUAUUUAUAGCAGAUAUUGGCUUAAUUUCGCCCAUACACAUAAAUUGUAUGUUUGGACAAGAUCGGUUCCGUGUCUUUCAAAAUUACAAAGAAUAGCAGAUCUCGGCACUUCAUAGAACAUAACGUGCUAUAAUCAUGGCUUGCUCGACACAUUUGUAUUCUGCGUUUGAGAUCAUGAACUUAUUUUGUUUACUUUAGUCGCUGGGACUAUGGAAAUAUGCAAUUUGAAAAAAUCUGUAUUGUAUACCACUAUAAAAGAAGAGCGCGUUUGUUUUUCGAAAAUAUUGAUUCUUGAAAAGUUUCCUGUUUGCGCUAAUAGUUAAAAUGAGUUUUGUUAUUUCUAAUUUGCAAUGAAAUUUAGAUUGGGCUCAAAUAAUGGACUGACACUGAUCUGCGAUUACAAAGUAUUCGUUGCCCGCUCUGACUCUAAGAAAAAUAUGCGCACUUCACAGAACAUUUCCCUCAUUAAAAACACAGCAGUGCUUUGAUCGUAAAAUGACUGAAAUACUACAGGUUCGCGUGCGUAACAGCUAGCAAACGUCGUAUCCACUGAACAAGCAAAGAUUAGCAUGUAUAGAACUUAAUUAAGCCUGGUUUCCAUAUGUUCCUAUAACGGUUGUAAAAAUUGACUCACGAUCUUUCUCAUCAGCCGAAAUACAACAUUUUAGAACUGAAAAUACGCGGAGUGAUUAUAACUAUAGACUGAAUACUUAUGAUUUAUUUGUGGUUUACAGAUCUUAUAAACUACUAUAAACUGGCCGUUUAGAAAGAUAGUACAAAUAAUUAAUGUUUAUGAGUGCAAUGGUAAGAAUAUUUUCAUUCGGUGAAAGAUAGAAUGUUCCAUUCAACGAGGCGACAGCCGAGUUGAAUGGAACAUUCCAUCUUUCACCGAAUGAAAAUAUUCUUACCAUUGCACUCAUAAACAUUCAUUAUUUGUUUUAUAUAAUACCAAAAUAGACUAAUAGAUUCGUAUGAGAAUCAUUUUGACGGAUGCGAUUUAUCGAAAACACAAAGAGUGCAAUGCAUGGAAUAAAACGUAUAGUGCAUGCAAUUGCACUCGCAAAGAGUGCAAUGGAACGUACUCCAUUGCACUCUUGGGAAAUGGAAUUUUCUAUUCAAUAUCACGUGACCAUAAACAGCCAAUUAAACGAUCAGAAUUCAAUAAGGUAUUAUAUAAAAUACGCUGUUACAGUCUCAUUGCCUCUGCUGCCUAUUACGUAGAUAAAUACGAGAUUGUUACAGUGCAAUAAUAGUGCUAUAUGAAGCCUGGUUUUUAGGGGUUGCCUUCUAUACCUUCGAUUACGUAAUUUUGAGCAUAGACAGAUUUACAUAAUUUGUCGAUUUGUGGUUGAAGAAAAACCGAAGGGCAAACCUGUAGUCGCCUGGGCACAGGUGCCCCAGCAACAAAUUAAUCUUCUCGAUUAUUCCCCAGGUAAUCCACCGUCUUAAAGCUCUCCAUUUGGCCGAUGAGCUACAUCAUAGUGGCUGGAAUGCCUGCAGUAGGUCAGUCAUUUUUUACCUCGCUAUAGUUAUCGCCGAAUUUUACCAAACGUGAAACCUGUACCAAAGAUUUGAACGUGACGUUCGCUUUUGUGUAUAGUUGCCAUGGUGAUUCAAGCAGAGCACGUGACUCUCUGGUGAUGCCCUCACUGUUAUCCAGUCGUAUUUAUAUUUUUGACAUUGCCACAGAUCCCAAGGCGCCCAGGAUUCGCAAGGUGAGAUUAACUACGGGCUUUGUUGGCGCCGAGUCAUCAACGCUCUGCCGAUUAUAAGCAUGCUCAUGAGCAUAUUACCACAGAGAAGAGAUAUACAGAGAGGAAAACACGCGGCAAAUUAUGUCACGCCGAUAUAUUCAGUCUAUUAACUAUAGAAAAUUAUAUUAAUUCAUUAUUUUAUUAAAUUUUGAUAAUGCAGAGGAAUAAAACUAUACAUAUUAUAGAAGUAUUUAUGUGUUUUUUUUUAUGCAAGAGUUAUAUUUUGAGGCAUUUAUAUCAUUCGCUGCUUUGUUUUUAUAGAUGAGCAUCUGAAAUUCCCAGCCAGUGAUUUUCACGAUUUUAAUAAGGAGUAGAUAGGGAAAAAACAAACUUUUGCAAAAUAGGUAGGUAGGUAGGUAGGUAAAACUUUAUUUUACUACGCUAACCCCUACAGCAGAAGCUGAUUUCCAAGGGGGGCGUAGCAUUAAAUUCAAAUUUACAUUAAAAAUUUAGAAAAAUUAAACAUACAAAUACAGUUACUUACAUGCAGUUAUUACAAUUACAUACAUAAUUAAAUAGAUAAUAGUACAUACAGUACAUACAUACAUACAUAAUAGUAAAUAUUAAUAGAUUAAAUAGUCAAGGUAAAUAUGGGUUUGAAAACUCUAAUUAGUAGCCAGGUGUCAUACGUUUUUAUUGAAUAUAGCUAGUGAUUCUUUUCCUCUUAAUUCAUUUGGGAGACUAUUCCACAGUUUAGCCACUCUAUAAUAGCUAAGACUUUUUUAAAGAUAUUCAGUCUUAGGCUUGGGCAAAUGAAGUUAACACUUUUAAUAAAUGGAAAUCAAUAAAAGUGAUCGCUUACCGUUAUUCUACAAUAAUUUAUUGAACAAAAUUUCCAUGGGUAUCUCAUUUUUUAAAAAAAAGCGAUUUUCACCUUUCGAACGGCGUUUUCCCUAUCUUUUGCUAUGAAAUUUCAGCGACGGCACUGGCUGGAAGAUUUUGCGUGGCGCGUGGAACGUGUGACACAAAAAUUCAGGUUAUCGAGUGUCAGUUUCCUCUCUGUACAUCUCUCCUCUGUGAUAUUACAGGAGUUUGGUAAAUAUACGGGCGUGCUCUUCAGUCUUGAGCAUACAAAAACCGGUAUACUCAUGAACACGCUCACAUAUACACGAAAAUCAUACAGUAUGCUCAUAAGUAUGCUCAUCAGGGGCGUAGGAAGCACCUGGAGUUUGGGGGGGCACCGGCUUGUAGGGGCACAUUACUAUCGGAAAGGGCACCUAAAAAAUUUUGGGGGGGGGGGGAGAAAUUUCUCCUGAGGAAAAUUUUCCGUCGUAUCAUACCGAAAUUUAUGUUUGUUACCUAAUUUUAAAAAAAAAAUUGUAAAUUUCCACACAAAAACGGCACCUAUUGUUUUAAUUUAGUAUUUACAGCGACAUUAGCUUCUACAAAAGGGGCACUUUUCCUCACAAAAAGGGGCACUUUUCAACACAAAAAGGGCACUUUUUAUCACAAAAAAGGGCACUUUUAGUCCUUUAAAAAAAUUUGGGGGGGGGCACGUGCCCCCCGUGCCGCCCCCCCCCCCGCUUCCUACGCCCCUGAUGCUCAUGAGCAUAUUACAGAAUUUUGGUACAUAUAUAGGCGUGUUCAUGAGCAUACCAAAAUCAGGCGGCCGUGUUGGUUUAAUUACCAAGUCGUGAUAAUAAAUACACAAUGGUUAAUUAAAUGAAAACAUAGCCAUUGGUUGCUCCACGGAAAAUACAAUACACACGUACGUGAUGAUGAACCAACCAUUUCGCGCAUAAACCAAGACAAAAACAUAGAUAAUGAGGUCUAUUCAUGUCUGCAUCGAGUUUUCUGACCUUCUUAUUCUAUUGACUAUAGGCUGGGUUAGUAUAAACACAGUUAAGAAAAGUAAAGUAAUAUCACAAUAGACCAAUCCCCAAUUAACCAAAAUUUUGAUCUCAACAAGUCUAGACAAAAUUCUAUCACAGCAUGAAAGAACAUCACAAAAUUAGUAAUAUUCCAAAGUUUCGUUGCAAAAUGUUGUAAAAUGCGGAUAAUAUAGCCUUGCGAAAUUUGCAAUUUUCAGUCAUUUUGUAUUACGAGCGGGAAACGGUUACCACUUUUCCAAAAUCCUGAUAUUAACUAGCCUAAACAAAAAUUUCAUCACAGCUUGAAAGAGCAUCACAAAAUUAGUAAUAUUCCAAAGUUUCGUUGCAAAAUGUUGUAAAAUGCGAAUGUAGCCUUGCGAAAAUUGCAGUUUUCAGUCGUUUUGUAUUACGGGCGGGAAACGGUUACCACUUUUCCAAAAUUUUGAUCUCAACUAGUCUAAACAAAAAUUUCAUCACAGCUUGAAAGAGCAUCACAAAAUUAGUAAUAUUCCAAAGUUUCGUUGCGAAAUGUUAUAAAAUGCAGAUAAUAUAGCCUUGCGAAGUUUGGAAUUUUCAGUCAUUUUGUAUUGCUCACGGAAGUGGUAACCAUUUCCCGUUUGUAAUACAAAAUGACUGAAAAUUGCAAAUUUCGCAAGGCUAUAUAGAGAAUAAUACAUGGGUGCGCGGAAAUACCAGCUUUAUUUCGAGUGUUGAACAUGAUAUCUCACGAGUGAGCGCAGCGAACGAGUGAGAUAUCAUGUUCAACACGAGAAAUAAAUCUGGUAUUUCCAAGCACCCAUGUAUUUUUCUGUUUAUUAUAUAAACAAAAUUCAGUGAAAAACAAUAAAUCGUCCGUGGCAAUGCGUUUUACAACAAAUGAUAUUUUCACACGUAAAAAUAUCGUAUUUUUACGUGUAUUUAAAUACGAUUUUUCUCAGUGGCCAAAAAGUCUAUAUAACACUUAAUUAUGUUUAUAUAAUAAAUAAUAUUAUCUGCAUUUUACAACAUUUUGCAACGAAACUUCGGAAUAGUACUAAUUUUGUGAUGCUCUUUCAAGCUGUGAUGAAAAUUUUGUCUAGACUUGUUGAGUUCAAAAUUUUGAUUAAUAUGGGAUUGGUCCAUUGGAGUGUAAAAGGUAAAACAGUUUUGGUGAGCGCGUGAUACUGUAUAUACUUGAUCAUAUCCAUUAUGUAAUUUUGCGCUAUGGUAAUCUUAAUUAAUCUUAACUGUAGCUGAUCUACAAAUUUCCUGACGUGCCCGUUCGAAAGCCCGUAUUCUAAAAGCUCACUCACACUCACACUCACACUCAAUGAGUGGAGGUUCAAUCUGAGCUUUUCUUGAGUGUCAAUGCUGUUUUUGAAUAGCUGGAGGGUGAGUAGUCACAUAGUAAGGUACGACACUAACCUUCCAGCUAUUCAAACACGGCAAUGACACUCGAGAGAAGCUCACUCUCAGAUUGAACUUCCACUCAUUGAGUGUGAGUGAGCUUUUAGAAUACGGGCGUAAGUUUUCAGUUGAAAUUUCAAAAACCAAAAUAUUUUAAACCUGCAUGCUACUUCUCUAUGUAGGUCAUUGAGCCAGAAGAAGUGUUUGAAAAAACAGGCUUGGCUUACCUGCACACCUCACAUUGCCUGGCUAACGGUGAUAUCAUGAUCAGCGCCAUGGGAGACCCUCAAGGACGAGCUAAAGGUGAGGAAAACGAUGAUUAGUGGUUCAGACAACAAGUAUACUACUUAUUUAAUGGAUGAUUCGAGCUGCAUGUAGACGAAAUUUUUAUCUAGACAGGAAGAACGAAAGCCAUUACCAUGGCUGGAAAGAGCAUCUUAAAAUGAGUAAAGUUGCAAAUUUUGGUUGGGAAAUGUUGUAAAAUGAGGAAAAUAUAGCCCUGUGAAGUUCCCAAAUUUUCUAUAUAUUUGCAUUACGCGCGAGAAAAAUGACCAUUUUUCAGCCGAAAGUGGUUAUUUUUACCGCGCGUAAUACAAAUAUAUACAAAAUUUGCAAACUUCACAGGGCUAUAUUUUCUUCACUUUACAACAUUUCGCAACCAAACUUAGCAGUUUUACUCAUUCUAAGACGCUCUUUCUAGCUGUGGUGUUGGAUUUCAUUCUUCUUGCCUUGAUCAAAAUUUAGUCUAUAGCGGAAAACACCCAUUAAGAGGCAAUUUUUUCAAAACCGAAAAUCGUUUUUGCAUUCCUCUCAAAAUUGCUUUGUUUUAGCUUUAUUCUCUAGUUUAUUUUUUAACAACCUUUUUAAAUGCAUUUGCCGGUUGAAAAACAUAAAAUAAUAGGAAAAAUUUUAAUUAUAAAAUACAAUUAUCAACAUUUACAGCAAUAUAAGCAAAGCUUAUUGAUCGAACUUCACAUAUCAUUUUCUCUUUGGCGUACCAUCUAAAAUCUCUUCAUUUUUUCACAGAUAAAGCACUGGACAUACUUUUUAAGUUUGUUUGCCGGUUGAGAAACAUAUCAAAAAUUUAAAAGAUUGAAUAUAGUCAUAACCAAGUGGGAAAAUAUAUUCCGUUAGUUUUGAGCGCGUGUUACGUAACAUACAAAAGAAUGAUUUCUGAUCGCCCAACAUCCAAUUGUGAAAUCGUCAUAACAACUCGAUAGCUAGCUUCAAUGGAAUGACGGCAUAACGUUGAUAUGAAAAAUAAUAUUAAACGCCAAUGACGACUGCCAACGGAGUGAGGAAUUGUGUCACAAAACAAAUGGCUACUUUGAUGUUGAUACAAACUGCGGUUUUAUAAUUCUUCACAUCAUGCUCAAUCUCAUUAAUUAAUAAUUGUUGUAAAUUUCACGCAGUUCACGACAGUAUGUCACUGAUCACUUACUCAAUUUUCCAACCCCAGGUGGCUUUAUUCUGGUGGAUGGUAAAGACUACACAGUAAAAGGAAGAUGGGAAAAACAAACCACGAAGUUUGGUUACGACUUUUGGUAUCAGCCUCGACACAAUGUCAUGAUCAGUUCCGAGUGGGGAGAACCUAAUACCUUCAUCACGGGCUAUAGUCCACAGGAUGUCGCUGAUGGUAUGUCCACCCAGUUAACUUUCUUGGAAAUCCUGAAGCACCCCAACCUCAAAUAUCAAUUAAAAAAUAAAUACCCAUCCCUGGCCAAAAACUGUACAAAAGAAUACCAAUAAGUUGUCACACAUGUCCUUUACCGCUUCUGUGACGUCGACACGAGUUUGAUAACUGCUUGAGCAAUUUUCGGCAGUCUAAAGUUUCAUGUUGUCUGCACAUGUACUUUCUUUGGAGACACCAUCUGUCUCCUGAAAAAUCGGAAAUAUUUGAGCGAGUCAUGCUUUGAAAAUGACAAUAAUUUUUUAUUACCCAACAGUUUUCAUUUACCCAACAUUUUACUCACUCAAACUUUUUUUUACCCAACCCUUUUCCCUUUGGAGCCACCCUAGGGACACGCGCAUUAUGCCGGAAUUUCUUCUAGAGUCAGGUAGGGGAUUUUUCUGAAAACGGGAAUAAUAGGCAAAAGAGGGAAUAGGGAAACGUUUCGGUAUGACGUCAUCCUGCAGCGUAAAAUCCGUAAUUAGCAUAUGCGUCAUCCGCCCACGGGCCAGCGACGCGGCGUGCACGUGUGUUCCGUUUCUGAAUACGUCGUGUACGUAGAACAUUUGGACUAAUAGCGUUAAGGAGUUUUCCAGUCCUCGCACGAAGCUCCUCGCAGCUCGCUGCGAAUGUUUGCAUCUAAUCAAAAUUAACUGUUUAGCAUUGUGAUUGGAGUGCUCAUGCAUGCACUCGCAGUGAGCUGCAAAGAGCUUCGUGCGAGGACUGGAAAUCCGCCUUAAUGCAUUAUUUGUUUCUUUAACCAUUAUGCAAAUAUUUAAAAUAAAAUUGAAAAGCUUGACGAAAUUUCCAGCUCCACAUUCAUUAUGUAAAUAAAGUUCUUAUUUGCUCCUGGCCUUGAUUCGACUUCUUGUGGAAUAAUUUUGGAAUAGGGGAAAAUUUUAAGAAUAAAGUUAAGGGAAUUAAGGAAUAGAAUAACGGGCAAAUUUUCGAGCAUAGUGUGCGCGUCCCUAUACCACCCCACGUCCAUAAAUAAUGACCGGUCCCUAAGUGUAUUUUUCAUUUCAGGUAAAUACGGGCAAAGCAUCCAUGUUUGGGACUGGACAACGCACGAACUGAAGCAGAGCAUAGACUUAGGCGAUGACGGAAAGAUUCCACUGGAGUUGAGAUUUUUACACAAUCCUGACGCCGACUUGGGUUAUGUUGGCUGUGCGUUGUCAAGUACCGUCUUUGCCUAUUAUCCUGGGAAGGUAGAGAGAUUUUAAAAGAAAUCAGUGGUUUUCUAAGGCCAAGUCAUUCUUAUUGUUACACUGUGUGCAAGGGCGGCGCUAGGCCUCCUUCAAUGGGGUGGGGGAGGGGAGGGGGGCAAGGUAUAGUUUUGCCGAGUCGACAUUAGCUUGCAUGGUAUGUAUUAGCCCAUGUGCAUGGAUGCGCGCAUUUACUAAACUUUGGUUAGCAUUACAUACACACGGAUUACGCGAAGGUCACCACUUUCACAAUAAAGCUGUCAGAUCUCUCAACUAUGGAGCGUUUGCACUCAUUCCCCAAGGACCAACUCAACAAAAGCCAUGGCGGCCAUGUUGGUGUUCCAGACGAAAGAGUCCAAUUAAAAUUCUUUUGAAUUAAAACACCAACAUGGCGGCUGUGACGUCAUGUGCAAACGCUCUAUACUUGACUGUUUUAAACUAACAGAGUUCCGUAGGGGGUUCGGGGGCAUGCACCCCCUGAAAAAUUUUGAAAUCAAUGGGUCUCUAAAAUGGCAUUUCUUCCGUUCAGUAUGGGGAAGAUUUCAAAUGACUACCUCAACGAUUGAAACAGAUCCUAACCACCCAAAACCAACUCGUCUGCAUUUAUUAUAUAGGCUGUUGCCGUUUGGCUUUUAAAUUACCCGCUACGACUCGAUGGAACACAUUUUCAAGAUAUCUAUUCACCUGACUUUUUGAAGCAUUAAGUUUUAUAUUUAAAUUCACGUUUGGUUUUAAUUCAAUUCAAUAAUUCGGUCCAUAUCCAUGUAAAUAACUCAAUUUUUGCCGAAUGGAUGCACCAAUUUGCAGACUCGUUCAUGUGUGUGUGUGUGUGGGGGGGGUCUACUCUCCUCCCCCCCCCCCACACACCAACUACCUGAACACUGUAAGCAGAAUGUCGACGUUUCUAUCUACCUUCCCGACGAAGAGCCUUCGCUCGAAACGACAAAGUUCUGCCAAUAUUUUUCAGGUAGUUGCAGGGACGGCGCUAGAGGGGGUGUACGGGGGGGGGGGGGAAGAACACCCCCACACACACACUCAUGAACGAGUCGGUAUCUCUCUCACACCGCAACGACUGCGAGGGCAUUUGCUGCAUGAUAAUGAAACCCGGCUGUUGUUUUAGAAUGGUGAAUGGGUAGCUGAAAAAGUCAUUUCUGUUCCCAAGAAAACGGUCGAAGGAUGGUCUGAACCAGAAAUGUCAGGUAUAUAAAACAUCAUGCCAAAUUAUAGCGCUCUUCAACCUCGCGUCCCCAGAGCAUUUUGCCUCCACGGCGACCUUCAGCCGUGAUCACAGUAGGAAUUUCUGUGAUCACAGUAGGAAUUUUGCAUGGGUAAAUUCUAAGUUUUGAAGAUUUGUAAGAAAUGUUGGAGGAAACUGACUCAGUGUUAAACACCGAGUCACUUCCUUCAAACAUUUCUUACAAAUCCUUCAAAUCUUAGAAUUUGCCAAAGUAUGCAAAAUUCCUGAUAGUGUAAACCAGCCUUUGUUUUUUGUAUGAAGACAAAUGUUCUCUUUCUAGGUAUCAUAUCAGAUAUCUUGAUCUCCCUGGAUGACAGAUUUUUAUACUUCAGCACAUGGCUGCAUGGUGAUAUUCGACAGUAUGAUAUUACUGACAGACUUCAUCCGAAACUCGUUGGACAGGUGAGAUGUCAUGAAGGCGAAAUGCAGGGGUGGAUCUAGCCUCAUCUGCAAGGAGUGGUGCAGGUUUUCCAUGGGGUGAUGCAUGCAGAGUGAGCCUUAGGCCAGGAUCAAACGUCGAACUUUUCAUGUGCCGAACCUAAUGUUAAUGAGCUAAGUUCUUUGUUUCACUUCAUUUGUCCUCUGCAGUCUACAGCGCUACGAUCCUAACAUUACCAUCAUUUGAGAUGGCCGAAUCUGCAUGUUCGCCGUUCCGUUCCGUAUCUUGUUUAUGAAGUUUAUAUCCGCCUUUUAUCACGCAUGUGUGACUGGACAGUUGCUGUAGCACAGUAUAGUAAAUUUGCUUGUUAAAGUAGAGUAUGUUUGAAAAUAUGGCAUGCAUAAUAUUUAACUAUAAUUUUGUUUUUCUCAACCGCCAGAGAUACAUUUAAGAAGGUUGCUAACUGUGUAAACUACAAAAUAAAGCUAAAACAAAGUAAUUUCGCGAGAAACGCCAAAAAAUUUUCAUAAAAAGUGGCCUCUUAAAGACAACCUCUCUAUAACCCACCAUAUUUCAAAUCAAUAUGGGAACUGCCAUUUCUAGAUCUUUCUUGGAGGAAGUAUAAUCAAAGGUGGGCCAGUUAAAGUGACAAACGAUGUUGAACUAAAGGAACAACCUGAAGCUGCUUAUGUUAAAGGGAAGAAGAUUCAAGGUGGGCCUCAGAUGAUCCAGUUGAGUUUGGAUGGAAAACGACUGUAUUUCACCACAUCUCUAUUCAGCGUUUGGGAUAAACAGUAUUACCCCGAAAUGACAAAGUAAGAAUAAAUAUAUUUUUAUAAUUGAAAAACUUAACAGCUUAGAUUACGUUUGGUUGUUAUGAAAUGAAAUUACUAGAGAAUCCAUGCAGGUGUUUGAUGAACAAUACAAAUGCACUACUUCCUUCAAAAACUGAUUAAUAAUUCAUGAGGAAAACACAAAGAACGGAAAAUCAUAAGCGUGUCGUAUCUUUAUAUAUGAUAGAGAUUUCCCUCCUUGAUUUACAUAAAUUUUAACUUUGAUUUUCUCGACUUACACAACGUAUUUUUUGAAAAUUACUUCGGCAAUGAACUUAUACUAGAUCGAUCGCUUUUGCAGCAAUUAGUAAAACAUUCGCAGUACGUGUUUUAUCAGACCUAAAGAUACUUGGCUUCGCCUCGUAUCUUUAUAUUUGAUAAAACACUGUUACUCAUGUUUUAAAUAUAGUAUAUAGCCACUUUGUACUCGUACUAUAUACUGCAAAAUAAGUCACUCAAAGUUUAGACAAUAAACAUUUUCGUUUCAUAUGUUAAAGGUAGGACUAGAAACAGGGCCCGAUACUCAGGCUAGCAAAGCUUGACGGGCCAUUUCCACUCAAGAAAAGUUCCACGGACAGAAAUUUUUCCGAAAAUAUCUUUGUUAAAAGUUGAAAAUUUUCAACUUCAAAAUUUUUUUUCCGACGGAAAAUUUGUGUUGGCCAAUGGCAAUGACAUUUUACAAAUUUUUCUUUCCGCGGAAGUGGGCCAUAAGAUACGUGUGGCACUGAAUUUUUUUUUUAAAUCCUUACUAUGGAAAUAGUAUUGAAGUUAGUUGAAAAUAGUAUGGAAAUACAAUUUUCCGGCAUACUGAUUUGCAAUUUGCAUAUCAUGGAUAUAGUGUGGAAAUAGUAUGGAUAGACUAUGGAUAUACUAUGGAUAGACUAUGGAUAUACUAUGGAUAUAGUAUGGAUAUACUAUGGAUAUAGUAUGGAUAUAGUAUGGAUAUACUAUGGAUAUAGUAUGGAUAUACUAUGGAUAUAGUAUGGAUAUAGUAUGGAUAUAGUGUGGAAAUAGUAUGGAUAUACUAUGGAUUUAGUGAUGCAAUCGCAAAUUCCGGUGUAUGUUUAUAAAAAUUCCAUCAUUUUCCUCUAGCAAAGGUUCCAUGAUGUUAAAGGUCGAUGUGGACACAGAGAAGGGAGGCUUAACAUUGGAUAAAGAUUUUUGUGUUGAUUUUGGCGACGAACCGGACGGUCCAGCUCUUGCACACGAGCUCAGAUACCUCGGUGGUGAUUGUUCUUCAGACAUAUGGAUCUAACAAUGCUUUUGUUUUAUAUUACGAUUAAAUGUUCUGACUACGUAUAAUGGAAACUGUAUGUAGAGUCAAUAUCUUGAAUUAUUAGUGUGUGAACCAUAGAUGUCUUAUAUACACUAGAUAGUGCAUCUAAUUAUUCUGCGGCAAUUCAAAAAUUGAAGCCGUGAUUGCAGACUCAGGAUAUUCCCAUGAAAUGAGAAGACUCGUAUGUUUUCUAUUUCUUAAACAGGGAAC